CAGUCCAGUCAGUUGUUAUUUGUCAACAAAGAGGAUAGGUAUAGUCACUACGUGCGUGUUUGGCACAGCUAACAACCUAAAAAUAGUUUCAAAACUAACUCAAAAUACGAAUAAAUUAAUUAGAUAACUAUAGAUUUCUAGUGGUACAACAGUUUUUCCAAUACUUAUUAUCAUCAAAGUAUUAAUCUAAGGUUAAAUAGUGCCCAUGUAGACAAUCAGUCCUUCAUGAUUUGGUCUAACUUUGUGGUUUGUAAAAUGCAAAAAUGAUACCCUCAAAUACAAUAUGUGUAUCGCAGGAGGGUCCUGCCAACGCGCUAGCCCUCAACAAGGACUGUUCUCAAGUAGUAAUCGCUGGAAGAAAUGUAUUCAAAGUGUUUUCUAUCGGCGAAAAUGAAUUUUCGGAAGUAUGCAAUCUGAGGGUUGGCAAGAAUUUAAAUCUAAACUUUUCAUCCAUCGAUGUUGCUUGGAGCAGCAUUGAAGAAAACACUCUGGCAACAGCUGCCACCAAUGGAGCCGUGGUAGUAUGGAACUUGGGGAGGUCCGGCCGCUCCAAGCAGGAACAUGUCUUCUCCGACCACAAGAGAACUGUCAACAAGGUCAGCUUCCACCUGACGGAGCCUGCUCUGCUGAUCUCCGGCUCCCAGGAUGGCAUGAUGAAAUGCUUCGAUCUGCGCAUGAAGGAGGUGGCUCGCACAUUUAUUAGCAACACAGAGUCGAUCCGUGACGUGCAAUUCAGCCCUCACCAGCCGCACACGUUCGCCGCGGUUUCUGAGAACGGCAAUGUGCAGCUGUGGGACGUGCGCCGGCACGAGCGCUGCCUGCAGCAGUUCACGGCACACUCGGGCCCGGUGUUCGCAUGCGACUGGCACCCUAACGUGCGCUGGUUGGCCACUGCCUCCCGGGAUAAAACUAUCAAGGUGUGGGACGUGCACGCGAAGCCUAACUUGGAGCACACCAUAUACACCAUCGCGUCAGUCGGCCACGUCAAGUGGAGACCGCAGAAGAAGUAUCAAGUAGCGUCGUGCGCGUUAGUGCUGGACUGCGCAGUGCACGUAUGGGACGUGCGGCGGCCGCACGUGCCGCUGGCCACGUUCGCGGAGCACCGUGACGUCACCACGGCCGUCGCCUGGCAGGCCUCGCCGCACACCUUCCUGUCCACCAGCCGCGACUGCUCCUUGUACAGACAUCGGUUUUCGGAAGCAGCCCACCCGGUGCUUUGGGCCAAUCCACACGGCGUCUGCGUUUCCGCGCGCGGGGAACUCGUGCACUGCGCGCCCGAGCGCCCCCUGCCGCCCAUACUGAGCGCGCCGCAGACCAACGUGGCCAAUGAGAGACUGCUGCCGGGGCUGGGUCGCAAGCAGCCGCGGGCAGGGUCGCUGUCUGCGGCCGCGCAGGCAGCCCUGGAGCGCGCGUUCCCCGGCGGCGCCGCGUCCACGCUCAGCCGCUUCCGCGCCCCGCCCGCCUCUGCCUCGCCACUCGCCGCCGCCAACAAGGCGCUGCUGGAGUGCGCCGUCAGGUACAAGAUGACGGGCGGCCCGCCGCACGAGCUGGCGGCGUAUAACGCUGACGUGGCCAAGAGUGUCAAUCGGUUUAUGGUGCAGGUGCAGCACGUGUGGCAGGUGGUGGCGGCGGUGUACGCGCGGCGCGCGGCGCCCCGUGCGGCGCCCGCGCCCGCGCCUUCGCCCGCGCCGUCGCCCUGCGUCGCGCCGCCGUCGCGCUCUGAAUACUGCACGGUGGAAGAAGAGCCGUUGGAAGAAGUAGAAGAGGAACGAGUGGAGACCCAGUUCCAUAACAGCGGGGUACUAGGACUGCCCACCGUCAGCAUAUACAUCCCGCCGGCCAAAUACAAACUGCGGGACACGGACGAAAAUCCGGGCUGGGUGUCGGCGGCGACAGCGCAUUACGUCGAUGUGGAGGCAGCUGAUUGGACGUUGCCAGAAGAAGCCUUCCCUCUGCGCAGUGCGCCCCCCGCCCCCGCGCAGCCCCCGCCACACACCCCGCCGGAACUCGACGACAAUUUUCAAACAGGCGUAACCCAAGCGGCGCUGGGCAUGAUCCCGGCCGUGUCCCCGGGCGGCUCCGGGUCCUCUCCCAGCUCGAGCUCGGGCUCCAGCGGGCCGCAGCUCGAGCGGAAUAUCAGUCACGAAGAUAGGAAUAUUAUGGAAGAAAGCGACACCGGCGACGGUCAGCGCUACCUGUCGGUGCGCGCGGACAGCGGUCGGCCGGCGCUGGACGUGGCGCCGCUGGUGGCGGCCGCGCUGCGACACCACGCCGCGCUCGGCGACGUGCAGACCGCCGCCGUGCUCAUGCUGGUCCUGCAGCAACACAGAAGCGACCUAUUCCCGUAUAUCGACGAGAGCUUACAAGAACAAUGGCUGCUAGGCUACAUAGAAAUACUCCAGCGACAUAAAUUAUGGAACGUUGCCACAGAGGUAAUAAGAUCGUCCUGGCUGAGCAGCGUGUGGUCGCUAUCGCAGCAAUCGACCAGCAUAGCCUGGUGCUGCGGCCGUUGCGGUCGCCGCAUACGACCGCGCUCCGCGUGCGACCGUUGCACGCCGAAAAUCGUCGCCGACCUCUGCAGCGUUUGUCAUCAGGUGGUGCGAGGUCUGUACGCGUGGUGCCAGGGCUGCGCGCACGGCGGGCACCUGGAGCACAUGAGGACGUGGAUGCAGAAGCACCAGCUGUGUCCGGCCGGCUGCGGCCACCACUGCCAGCUCGGCUGAAGAAAUGCCGAAAACCAGCCCAGCGGCGGACUUAUUUCAGGACUAGUCCACAUCUAGUCUCAGACACAAUAUAUUCCUAUCAACGGGCCUAGUAUUUAAAUAAGGAUUAUACGUUGCGGUCGGCUAAGAAAGUUAUGAUAGGUGCACGUGAGCCGGCAAAUCAUCAGCCUAAUUUUUUUUAAGUAUAUUACGUAAGAGAUAUAUUUAAAUAGAAAAUCUAAAUAAUCACGCACCCAACAAAAAAAUGGUAACGAUGAUAUUCAAUCGACUCCAGUGUUAUAAACACGAACAGAAAUAAAUAAUAAUACAAUUUCAAAGACAAAAAACUAACACACGAUGAGAGUAUGUGCCAGCUUUCUACAAUUCUCUUUAAAGAAAUGAAAACAUUAUGGUUUUGUAACUUAUUUUUUGUCGCUGACAUCUUUAACUUUAAUUAUUGUUAUUCGGUCUAUAUAUAAAAUUGUGAAAAACAUGCUUUUCAGGUUGUGUUGUAUAUGAUUCGUAAUUUUAAGUAUAAAAUGUAAGAAAAGUGAAUAAUACCAUAUAUUUUAUAGACUGAUUGUUGUAAAUAAUUUGUAUAAUUUUUAUGAUUUUACUGACAAUUAAAUAAAUAAUUUUGUAUAUAA